AUGCUGGAGACUUCGUGCUUCAAUGAUAAGCAACUUUUACUUACUAAUAGUAAUUUAGACGCUUUUUUACAACAUUAUGUAUUUCCAAUACAGUUUAUAUUAGGUGUUGCUGGCAAUUCUAUAAACCUUAUCGUAUUACUUAGUAAAGGAAUGCGUUCAAAAACAAAUUCAUUAUUAUCAGCAAUGGCAUUUGCUGACUUAGCUUUGUUAUUUUGUAUGCUGCCACAUUCACUGGCAUCCUUUGAAAUUGCAUAUCGAAGUUAUACCUUUCGUUAUUUUUAUUAUGUUAGUAAACGACAAUUAAAUGCAUUUGCAAAUUUUUUUUCUGCUGCUGCAACAUGGCUAGUUUUUACUUCUUUCAAAUACUUUUUCUUAAUUUGCUUUCUGUUGGUACUAACAGUAUCCAUUGAACGAUUCAUUGGUAUUCGAUCUCCAAUACAUGCUCAUUUUAAAUGGAAAGAAAAAGGUGUCUUAUUAAUAAUUGUAUCAAUAUUCAUUGGUGCAUUUAUUGUUACAUUUUAUCAUCAUAUCGCUUACAAAUAUAGCAUUUAUACAAUAUGUAAUGGUACUCAAUUGAAGGGUAAUGUCAGGCCGAUACAUUACAAUUGGACUGGAAAUAAACUUUAUGGUAAUCUUUUGGCAAAUUAUAUUCAUUAUGGAAAGUAUAUACAAUUAAUUAGUGUUAUUUUGGUUCCCAUAAUUGCGGUUGCAUUUCUUAAUGUAUCACUAAUUUGUUUAAUGCGUGAUCGUGUUAUAUUACAACGGAACCGAAGUACAAGUUGUAACAGUGAUUAUAGUAUGCUGCAAAACUGUAACGAUAGUGGAAUUAUGCAACGCCAAGAAAGAAAAGUGACUGUUACCGUACUGGCUAUUGUAACAAGCUUUACUAUAACUCACGCUCCAUCUCUAAUACCUUUUGUUUGGGAAACACUUGGUAUUUCCAAACAUAACUCACGACCUUUUUUAGCAACAGUAAGUAUUGUUAAUUCAUUGGUUAUUACUGGGAAAGUUCUCAACUUUGUAUUAUUUUGUUCAAGUUCGAUAUAUUUUCGUCGUCGUCUCAUUCAUAUUUUGGUUUCACAUUUUAUGAGGCAUUCGGAAAGAAAAAAAUCACAAAAUGCAUCAAUAUCACAAUUUAAGAAUUCAGUGUCAGUAGCUGCAUCUCAUAUACGUGUGACAAAUGCUGUUCUCCAUAAACGUUCAAUCCAGUGGCAAGAGUCAUUAGAGAGUAAAUUUUUGGCUGAGGUAGAUAACUAA